AUGGGGAGGGUUCCGCUGGAUCUCAGUGAGCUACCUAAUUUGCAGUACUUGGAUCUCUCUGGUAAUAAAAAUCUGAAAGGCAGUUGCGCCCAGUUGUUGAAGGGAAGCUGGAGAAGGAUAGAGGUGCUCAUUUUGGCUUCAAAUAACUUACAUGGUACAAUUCCAAGCUCAAUCGGAAUUCUUUGCAACUUAAAGUAUUUGAACUUGGGGUUUAAUAACUUGACAGGAAGUCUACCAACAUUCCUUGAGGUGCCUGAAAAUUGCAGUUCUGAAAGUCCUUUGCCCAAUCUCACCCAUUUAAGUUUGUCAAGCAAUCAGUUAACUGGAAAACUGCCGGAAUGGUUGGGUGAGCUUGAAGAGCUUGUGGAACUCAGAAUGGAUGAUAACAAUCUUCAAGGUCGCAUCCCUGCUUCUUUAGGGACAUUGCAACACUUGACCAAUAUGUGGCUUGGAACCAACAGACUGAAAGGGACUCUUCCAGACAGUUUCGGACAGCUUUCUGAAUUGGUUUACCUGGAUGUUUCCUUCAACAAUUUGAUUGGAAUUCUCUCUGAAGAAAAUUUUUCCAAGCUAAGUAAGCUGAAAUAUUUAUUAUUGUCCUCCAAUUCUUUUACUUUGAAUGUCAGUUCCCAUUGGGUUCCUCCAUUCCAAAUCCACUUUCUUGAGAUGGGUUCAUGUCAUUUAGGUCCUUCAUUUCCACUUUGGCUCAAGUCACAAAAGGAAGUUGAGUAUCUUGUUCUCUCAAAUGCCAGCAUUUCAAGUUCCAUACCAAACUGGUUUUGGAAUAUUUCUUCUAACAUAGGGUGGGUAAAUCUGUCUCUCAAUCAUUUACAAGGUCAGUUACCAAAUCCACUGAAUCUUGGCCCCUUUGCGACUAUUGAUUUCAGUUCCAACCUCUUUCAAGGACCCAUUCCUCUUCCAAACCGUGGGGCUUACUUACUAGAUCUAUCUGACAAUAAAUUUUCUGGUCCUAUCCCACAGCGCAUAGGUGAAUUCAUGCCAGAACUGUGGUUCCUUUCUCUUUCAGAUAAUGAAAUAAAAGGAACCAUCCCUGCUUCUGUGGGACAUAUGUGGAAUGUUGAGGUCAUUGAUCUUUCAAGGAAUGGAUUGGUAGGAAGCAUCCCUUCGACCAUAAAUAAUUGCUCUAACCUAAGGAUUCUUGACCUUGGGAACAAUGGUUUGUCUGGAAUGAUUCCAGUAUCACUGGGUAAAUUAAAGCAGCUUCGGUCUCUGCACCUAAACAAGAAUAAGCUUUCUGGAGAGCUUCCUCCAUCUUUCCAACAUUUAUCAAAUCUGGAAACCCUGGAUCUCAGUUACAACAAAUUAUCAGGUAGCAUUCCAUCAUGGAUGGGAGCUGCUUUCAGCCAUCUUAGAAUUCUUAACUUGAGGUCCAAUGCCUUUUCCGGGGAACUUCCGUCUGACGUCUCCAAUUUAGAUUCACUGCAUGUGCUGGACCUUGCGGAAAAUCAUUUGACUGGAACCAUUCCCGCUAUUUUGGGUGAUCUUAAAGCCAUGGCUGAAGAGCAAAACAAAAAUCAGUAUCUAUUGUAUGGGAUGUCUUCAGUCCACUACUAUGAAGAAAGCUUGUUUGUAAAUGCAAAAGGGCAAGUUCUAGAAUACACCAAGACUCUUUCUCUGGUUGUCAGCAUAGACCUCCCCCACAAUAAUUUAAGUGGAGACUUUCCGAAGGAAAUAACAAACUUGUUUGGUUUAGUGGUUUUGAACUUGUCGAAAAACCACAUUAGCGGGCAGAUUCCAGGAAGCAUUUGGAGGUUGCAUCAAUUGUUAUCUUUUGAUCUGUCAAGUAACAAGCUCUCUGGCACUAUCCCUCCAAGCAUGUCCUCAUUAACAUUUUUGAGUUAUUUGAAUUUAUCAAAUAAUAAUUUCUCUGGUAAGAUCCCCUUCAUGGGGCAAAUGACAACCUUUACAGGGACGGCCUUCGCUGGAAAUCCAAAUCUUUGUGGAGCUCCACUUGUUACUAAAUGCCAAGAUGAAGGUUUAGAUAAAGGGCAAAGUGAUGUUGAAGAUGAAACCGACAAUAACUUCAUUGAUCAGUGGUUUUACUUGAGUGUUGGGUUGGGGUUUGCAGUUGGUGUUUUAGUUCCCUUUUUCAUUUGUACAUUUAGCAAAUCUUGCUAUGAAGUCUAUUUUGGUUUUGUAAACAAAAUUGUGGGCAAAUUGGUGUGGCUGAAGAGGAGAGUAAAUCGUAGCUAAAACUUAAGGCAUGCAGCUACAAUGAUUGUAUGUAUG